CGGGCCGUUGUUGUUGUUGCUCCUGGACUUGCUCUGGGCGAUGCCACAAGACGGUGCAGAGUGGCGGAAGCCUUAGGGACAGUUGUCCAGCAUUCCUGGAACAAGCCGGCAAGAUGGCUGCGGUGGCAGAAGAGGAAAGUGAAACCGAGCUGUGCAGCAACUGCAAAAAGGACAUUCCGGUGGCGAACUUCACCAUCCACGAGAUCCACUGCAGCAGGAACAUCUGGGUGUGCCGUUUCUGCCAGGAGCCCGUCCCGAAGUCAGAGAUGAAAAGCCACAUGGAACUGGAGCACACCCAGGUUACCUGUAAAUGCAGCAUGAAGAUGGAAAGGGGCGACUUACCGGAGCAUGAGGCCUCGGCCUGCCCUCUGCGGCCCGUCGCCUGCCAGCACUGCGACUUGGAGCUCGCGUUCCACAAGCUGCAGGAGCACGUGGACUACUGCGGCACCCGGACCGAGCAGUGCAGCCGGUGCAGCCGCAACGUGAUGCUGAAAGACCUGAAGGAGCACCCCGAGGACUGCGGGAAGAGGGCCGGAGGGAGCCAGAGCAGCCCGCCGAAGCCCUGCUUGAACUCCGAGGCCUCCCUGCGAAGCAUCCAGACCAUCCGGAACAUCCUCCGCUCCGAUGGCUCCCCAGGCCCCCCGCCGAGGGCGAACAGGCUCCCGGAGAGCAGGCUCCACAACUGCCUGUCGGGCCAGCCGCUGCCCAGGAACCUUCCCGGGAGGAGUGUCGAUCUGUCACAGCCGGCUGGAAAUCAAGAUCGCCCGGAGAAGACGACCAACACCUCGGCCUUCAGUGGCAGAGAACCCGACUGCCACCUGGACUACCUCUUGGCCCUGAGCCUGCAGCGUGACGGCUCUGCCCGUGACCGCAGCGCGGCAGAGCUCCAGCGGGAAUUCUGGAAGAACAUCUGCCCCACGAGAACUAGCACCACCGGCAAUUCCCUCGGGGCGAAUGACUUCAGUGUCUUCUCUCAGGACUUGCCGGGAUCCGUGAACCCGCCCAACAAGUCAAAAGUUGAAACUCUGCUGCCCUGCGAAUUCUGUGAGGAGCUGUACCCGGAGGAAGAUCUGAUCCUUCAUCAGACGGGCUGCAGCCCGGCAAGCGCUUUGGCUUCCUUCAGCAAGAGGAGCUCCUCCCUCCCUCGGCAAGAUCCGGACGAGCGCCUGACAGACCUGUGGGAGCAGCUGCAGAGGGAUCCGUCCGGCGACAGGGAAACCUGCACCCUGCAGCCGGACUCCGGGGGCAGCGUCAUCAUCCCCUGCGAGUUCUGCGGGGUCCAGCUGGAAGAAGAGGUCCUCUUCCACCACCAGGACCAGUGUGACCUGCGUCCGGCCACGGGAAGAGCCCCGACACCACCAAAGUCUCCAGCCAGGGGAGAUGCGGAGAGAACAGACCCGCUGGACCUGCUGAGGAGGCGUGUCCGCCACCAAGGGGACCUCUUGCCUCAGUACCUGGAGGAGUUCAGGCAGCAGAGGCCUCCCCAGCCCGUCCGCCAGAGCCACUCUCGGGGCAACCCGUCAGCCGCCAGGCGCAUCCAGCCGAAUCCCCCCAGCAACCGAGGAGAGACUGAGGCCGGCCUUUCCGAGCGAGGGAAGAUCGAGGACCGUGGAGGCGGCAGAGGGGAGAGGGCCCAGCGCUGGGGCCCAGCGGACAGGACGGCAGAGCUUUGGGGCCCUGCGCCGGCCAGGCAUUCCCCUCGCAACUUGCCUCCCAGCAGCUAUGUGCCCAGCUUCCCCGUGACAGUUCCCGCGCGACCCAGGCUGAGAAGCGAAGGCGGCAGGACUCCCCCCGAGCCCGCCCAGGACGGCAGCAGCGGGGCAAAACCGUGGUGGAGUGAAUCGGCGUACCCUGACAAAGAAGAGUAGGAGGGUGCCAAGUCCGGGGGCCACCGCCUGCGUCGCUUCUAGCCCAAAGGAUUUUUGCGCCGGUCUUGGUCUUAAUGUGGGUGGUUACUUUGGGGGUAGGUCCCUACCACAGCUGCAGAGCAGAGGUGUGGUGGUGGCAGGAGAGAUUCCUGCUCGCGUUUUGUUUCUAAAUGUGCAAUGUGUUCAUGCGCUGGGCAGGCCGGCCCAGCUUAUUUGCUUAGUGAUCAUACGGCUUUGGAGGGUCUCGGGUGGCCUGCUUUGGAAGCGCUUGGCCUUAAGACCCCUUGGCAAGUUGGCAUCCACCCCUCCCGGAGUCGAGAGGGCUGUUGAGCCUGGUCAGUGGGACGCGAAUAGCUUGAGGCUGGUCCAGACAGCAGACAAGUCCCCCGCAAGAGGGGUCGGAAGGUGUGCUGCUGACUUGCAUUCCACUGGGGAGAAGAAUUUCUCCUCUUGCGUUUAGCAAACUGGGCUGAGUUCCUAAGCAAGUCUCUGUGACCGAUCAAGGAGAGAGAAACGUAGGGAAAAGCCAUAAUCGAUGGUGGAUGGGCCCUUUGAAGGUCCUUUCUUUUCUUUAAUACCAGAAGUGCCCAGUUAAAAAUAGAGGCAGGUUUUGACAGAAGGUCAACCUCUCCUCCUCCUUUCUGUGCUGAUUGUUCUGUAGUAGAGAAUGUCCCUUUUAAAUUUCAUGUAAUAAAAAUUUGUAUU